CUUUUUCACUUCCUCGUAUCAUUCACUCAAGGCAGUUGCCCCUUCAGGAUUCUCUUCUCCGCGACAGAAGCGGAUUGCAGCAAGUCUCCAUCCCGCCGUCUAUCCCUUGGACUUGAGUGCCACGUGCUUUGUUCGAGAAGCCUCGAGCAUGGCUAACUCUCACCGCUUUCAUCCCUUCAUUCCUGUACGUCGUGUGCGAAUCAGGGACCUGUCUUUGUUGUGACUGUACCUAUGGCUUUGCUUUUACCUCCAUUCUAGUCCUUCCUUGGCAGCAUCUCACGAUUGUGCUGCGACAUUAUGAAGUUUGGCCGGAAUCUUCCACGGAAUCAAGUCCCCGAGUGGGCCUCCGCCUACAUCAACUACAAGGCUCUGAAGAAGUUGAUAAAAGCGGCUGCUGAGGGUGAAAAGCAGGAUGGGAAUCUCGAUCUUGCUGGAUUCUUCCAUACCUUGGACCGCAAUCUUGAAGAUGUUGACCACUUCUACAACAAAAAGUUCCACGACUUCUCACGCCGUCUGAAGCUUCUCGAAGACCGCUACGGUAUCUCCUCCGAAGCCGUCGCCCAACUCGAUCCAGACGAGCGAGAAGACCUCCUGGCAGCACUGCUUGAACUGCGAGGUCAACUGCGCAAACUACAGUGGUAUGGCGAGGUCAAUAGGAGAGGGUUCAUAAAGAUCACAAAGAAGCUUGACAAGAGGAUACCGGCAGCUCACGCGCAGAAGAAAUAUUUGGAGCUCAAGGUCGACCCAUCGGCUUUUGCCACAAAUGCGCAGCUCUUCGCCUCCUUGAACAGAAUCAAUGACUCCAUCGCCGUGCUCAGCGAGGUGCCGGCCUCUACAAACAACGAUGAUGUUGCUUCCAUUUCCUCCCUUUCGCUUAAGCGGACCACAUCUCGACCAUCCCUAAAUAUACCCUCGGAGCAACUGGCCAAAGCCGAGUUGAAGAUUCGUCAAGACGAUGCGAAAGCGCUUGAAGAAUGGAUCAAAGGGACCGGUAAACCGUCGUCAGACAGUUCCGAACCUGCGCAGCAGCAGCUUCUCAAGACCAUACUUCAGAGGGCCAUCUCGAAUCGAAGCAAGGCUUGUAUAGCAUAUCUGUUGCGGGAGGUUGUCUUUCUGGAUGAUCACGACGACAUCAACAGACGAAACUGCAUUCAUCGUCUAAUUAUCUCGAUUGGUCGAAAGCAAUCCAAUACCGACCAUGAUCCUACGGCGGCAUCUUUUCCUGACGCUGAAAAGGAGCUCUACAACUUCAUCACGCCUGCUACUGAUCCAUCGUCACAAUUCAAACGCUCUGUUGUCCAAGACGACCAACGCAGCCGGAUUUUGACAAGAGAUGAUGAAUCGAUAUCCUUUCUCCAGUUCCUGCUUGACAACUUGCAGCCGGUGCAACGUUCUGGGCUACUAGCCAGGGACAGUGCCGGACGGACACCUUUGCAUUUUGCUGCCGAAUACGGUAUCAGAGUGAUGUGUGAAAUCAUCAUUGAGCAUCUCAGAGCGUGGAAAUUGUUUGACGUCUCCGAAGGCAUUGACGGUCCACAAUGGCAAGACAACGAAGGUUGGGCACCUUUGCAUCUCAGUGUGAUUGGUGGGCACCCCUUGACCACUAAGGCAUUGCUCGAUGCAGAGGAGAGUGUCUCCGCUCAUAUUGGAAGGACUUCGAUUCGUCGUAACUCUCCAAAAUCAUCUGCCGCAUUGGCUCUGGCGACAAAGGCAAACUUCAUCGAGAUUGUGCGUCUCUUGAUAAAUGCAGGUGUCGACGUCAAUUACCAAGACGAGCAGGGCGAUACGGCUCUCCAUGUGGCUGCUAGAUUUGGCCACUCUGAAUGCGCCGCGUUGCUUCUGGAAGGUACAGACAUCCAGAAAGCCGACACCGAGCUCUGCGAACACACCUAUGCGUGGACGCCCUUGUUCAUUGCGUGUGUCGAUGGUCAUCUUUCGAUCGUCGAGCUGCUUAUUGAGCAUGGUGCUGAUCUCGACAGGGUCGACUCUUCUGGCUGGAAUGCUAAGGAGCAUGCAGCCUUGAGAGGUCACGUCAGCAUUGCUCAACGAUUGGCUAGCAUCAUGCCUGAGUCGGAUCCAGAUACGGAUUCUCCACUGUCGACUUCUCCGCCUUCGGUGUCUUCGUCUCUGAUUGAGAGAACUUCCAAUGGCAUCGGAUCUCAGAUUCCAACAGUUAAGAUCAGCGAGCCUGUGAAAUCAUUCGGUCACCGAUAUCUGACCGACACGAGCAUGGUUUUGGUCAGCCUCGGCACCAUGGACACUCGAAAGAGUAUUCGAGCUGUGAAUCUUGACCGGAUACCGCUGGCAAAUGCUCACACAACACAGCUUGAUACGGCUUUGUCCAUUGUGGUCUCGGCAAAAUGUGCAGAAGGCGAGGCUGAAGUGAUUGACCUGCCUGUGCAGGACAAUAUCUCCACGGAACCGAUCGUGUUUCAUGCAGCCGAACCCUCGAAAGUCAAGCUGCUAUUCGAUCUCAUUCCGACAUACGCCGGGUCGCGAGAACGUAUUGUCGGACGAGGAGUCGCCCUCCUCUCGAGCAUCAAAUCUAGCUUAGGUACGAAAAGAAUGCCUCUACAGGGAGAUGUCACAGUCCCGAUUGUCGCAGCGAACGACCUGGAAGUCAUUGGGUCAGUGACAUUUAAUUUUCUCGUCAUCACACCUUUCAAGCAUCCCAACAUGUCGGUUACCGAGAAUCAGACAUAUUGGAAGAGUAUGGCAUCGACUAUGCUCAUUGGUCAUCGCGGAUUAGGCAAGAAUUUCGCUGCCGGUAGACGGUCAUUGCAACUAGGCGAGAACACCAUUCAGUCAUUCAUCGCUGCCGCUAACCUGGGAGCAUCUUACGUUGAAUUCGAUGUGCAACUGACAAAAGAUCAUGUUCCCGUCAUCUACCACGACUUCUUGGUCAGCGAAACGGGCAUUGAUGCUCCGGUGCAUACACUCACGCUUGAGCAAUUUUUGCAUGUUAACGACAUGCGCACUCCUCGACACUCUCGGCCUGCUUCACCGGUCCCAGUUGAGAACCCAAAAAUCAUGAACCUCAAAAAUGGCGAUCCGCGGUCGGCCAGAAUGCGGUCCAUGUCUGUCGGCGGCACCGACAAAGACGACACCAUCGACAUGCAAGAGCGCAUGAAACAUACCAGAGAUUUCAAGAAGAAAGGUUUCAAAGGCAACAGUCGGGGUAAUCAUAUCCACGCGCCCUUCGCAACAUUAGAGGAGAUGUUCAUCAAACUUCCACCGAACGUCGGAUUUAACAUUGAAAUGAAGUACCCGAUGCACUGGGAGAGUGAGGAUGAGGAGAUGGACACGUAUGCCGUUGAGCUGAAUUCGUUCGUGGACACGGUGCUCACCAAAGUAUAUGACCUUGGCAAGGGACGGAACAUUAUUUUCUCGUCGUUCAACCCAGAUAUUUGUCUGUUGCUGUCGUUCAAGCAGCCCAGCAUUCCGGUCUUGUUCCUGACCGAUGCGGGAACGAGUGCAGUGGGCGAUAUCCGCGCGACGAGCCUGCAGGAGGCAAUUCGAUUUGCUAGCCGAUGGAACUUGUUGGGCGUCGUGAGUGCGGCGGAGCCCCUUGUCGCAGCACCGAGGCUUGUGAGGGUCGUCAAGGAGAGCGGCUUGGUCUGUGUGAGUUAUGGGGUGUUGAACAACGAUUCGACGAAGGUGAAACUGCAGGUUAAACAAGGGAUCGAUGCGGUUAUUGUGGAUAGCGUGCUUGCUAUAAGAAGAGGAUUGACGGGGCCGGAUCGGAAGACGGAUGCCCAGCAGGUCAGUGGAAAUGGAGACGAAAAGGGUUCAAUGACGAAUCGGACGCUCGAAAAGAAUCUUACGGGGAGUACGGAGAGUCUGGAGAUUCCUGUGCCAGUGGCCGUGGAGACGACCGAUGAGCCGGACGAGAUUGCAGUGGAACUGCAGCGGUGAAUGAGUCAGAACGCUCGGUGGAUCUGGACCACAGAGAGGCUGGCAAGCGUGAUUACUCCAAUGCAUGCAACGGCCUGCCAGGCUGCAUCAACUGCAAGCGAAGGCCAAUGAUGGGAAUGACUAGCAAUCAGCGUGGUCGUUCUCGACGACGUAUGGCGCAUGGAUGGGAUGACUUCUAAAAAUGAACACAACGCAUCUGUCCAUCGGAUGUACACAAUACGGGCCAGAUUGGACGGCCGAACCAUAGAGAUAUCGAACAGACAUCAAUGUCAUUCUCCUCUUGAUCAGGAGAAUUCUGGGCGUUUUGAUAACAGUAUAGAAAACUGAACGAGGCUUGUUCAGCC